GUACACCGGGUUAUCUUCCGGUUUCAUCGAUUCAACUUCCUCUGAAAACAACGCCACAUGUGUGAGUGAGUGAAUGAAUGGAUGUCACUGCUGAACAUAGAGCGGCAUUAAGAGCAGAAUUGGUCCCCUUAAGUCUAAUUUUUGCUUGUUUUGUCCAGCAGUCAAAGAGCACUACUUCUGAAGGAGAGUGGCCGUGCUCACGAUGAGUUUUGUGGAGUACUCGGACUUCAUUCAAGAUGGGGAUGUUGCCAUCCUUUACCUGAGCCACAACAAUGUGAUGCCUGUCAAGGUGCAGCAGGGUGCCCAAACGCAGACACGCUAUGGAGUCAUUCGCCACUCCACAGACCUGAUUGGUCAGCGUUACGGGUCAAAGGUGACCUGCAGCAAAGGAUGGUUCCAUGUGCUCCACCCAACGCCGGAGCUAUGGACAGUUGCCCUGCCACACCGCACACAGAUCCUCUACACCACAGACAUCGCCUUCAUUACCAUGAUGCUGGAGCUGAAGCCAGGGUCCAUCGUGUGCGAGUCAGGUACAGGUAGUGGUUCCCUCUCCCACGCCAUCCUGCGCACCAUUGCCCCAACAGGUCACCUCCACACAGUGGAGUUCCACCAGCAGCGCGCAGAGAAGGUGGCCGAGGAGUUUAAGGAGCAUCGCGUGGAUCAUCUGGUCACCGUCAGGAACCAGGAUGUGUGCAAGGAUGGGUUUGGAGUGACAGGGGUGGCAGAUGCCGUCUUCCUUGACAUCCCCAGCCCCUGGGAUGCAGUGGGACAUGCCAAAGUUGCUAUGAAGAAGCACGGUGGUCGGCUGUGCUCCUUCUCUCCAUGCAUAGAGCAAGUUCAGAAAACAUGCGAGGCGUUGCAGGAUCAGGGCUUCGAAGACAUCAGCACCACGGAGGUGCUGCUGAGAGAGCACGAUGUCCGAACCGUCUCUCUGCCGCUGCCAGACUUCGGCCCUGAUCCCGAAACCACAGAGGAGGCGACUCCCGCUGCUGCUCCGAACCACGCCUCCAUCACACUGAAGACCACCACGCUGUCCAGAGAAAUGCCCGGCCACACGGGGUACCUUACUUUUGCUACCAAACCAAGAACCUAAAGCUGGAGUGAGAGGGAUUUCUCUGGAGCAGAGUUUAUAAUCCACCUCACUCUGGUGUCAUUCCUAAGGCUCGGGUAAUCCAGCAGGAGUACCAGGCUCCUCCCGUCCCUGCCUGGUACUGCAGCGCCGGAAGGAUUUACAGUUUUGUGCGUUACAUAAUUUUGUGCUUCGUCAGUUGGCACCGGUUCGAUGCUUUCAUCAAGCAGGACUGAAAAUGAAUUGAAGAGCAAUUUCAUUUGAGAAGAUUAAGAUUUAUAACUCUGAGAUUAUAGCUGAUUAUUUGGCUCUCCCUUUCAUAAGAAUUACAGACAACCUCUGCUUUUAUUUGUUGGGGAAGAAGGAGCUUUAUUUUCAAUAAAUACAAUGAUUGUGGGACAA